GCAGAGCUCAUUAUCAUUGUCAUCGAGCAAGCAAAAAACAAGAUGAAGUCAACAACGUUGCUUUUUGUGCUUUUUGCUAUCCUAAGCAUCACCAGAGGUUUUGGAAUUGAAAACCUUGAGGAAGAGAUAGAAUACGAUCCUGAGAUUAGGGCUGUACGUGCCACAGGAACAGGCACGGGUACGGGUUCAGGAUCAAGCACAGCAUCUGGAUCAAGUACAGGUUCUGGUUCAAGCACAGGUUCCGGAUCAAGUACAGGUUCUGGUUCAAGCACAGGUUCUGGUUCAAGCACAGGUUCUGGUUCCAGCACAGGUUCUGGCUCCAGCACAGGUUCUGGUUCUAGCACAGGUUCCGGCUCGAGCACAGGUUCCGGCUCAAGCACGGGAUCUGGAUCAAGCACAGGAUCUGGUUCCAGCACAGGCUCUGGUUCAAGCACAGGUUCUGGUUCAAGCACAGGUUCAGGAGCGACUACAACAACGGCUGCUACUACUACUGCCUCGGCUGAUACAACCACUACUUCCGCUACUGCCACAACCACCGCAUCGACAGGCAGUUCUACAUCGUCAUCAACCAAGAAGAAAAUUAAGAUCCGCUUCCGCAACAUCAAGUUCCGCAAUAUCCACUUUAAGAGACGUGGUAGCAGUGGCAGCAAUAGUGGCACUAACAAGAAGAGGAGGAGACUCAUUCGGCGCCGUUUAGUCCGGAUCGUCCCUGUCCGCCGUACUGGCCGACGCAGGACGGGAGGACGUAGAAUACGUAUUGUCCCUGCAUCAAGAGCAAGCGGUCGUCGCGUUAUAGUACAUCGUGCAGCUGGCGCGCGUAGUGGUGGUAAACGCGUGAGAUUAGUUCGCGUUAAUUAAGGGUUUGCCUUCUUCCCCAAGAAGUGGAAGCAAUGUAGCUCCGUAUUAUGCUUAACCCGCCUUAUCUAUCAUGCAAUUAUAAAAUGGAUCUAAAAUUCUAUUAAAACAAAAAAGAAAAUAAAUCAAGCAAUUCGAAAAUGUA